UAUCAAACUUAAAAAUCCGGUAACAGUUGAAUUGUGUACUAACUACUAACUACUAAAACCUUUAUUGCGUUUAGAAAUAGUCGUUUAUAUUGUUCUAUUGGAAGAUUGUUCCCAGAUUAAAUAUAAUAACUAGUAUGUAAUUUCGGAUUGUACGAAUGGCUUUUGUUCGAGUUAAAAGAAGACCCGAGGAAGAUCCGAUCGACGUUCUUCUCCUAGCUGCCAAGAGGUUAAAAACCGAAGAUGAAGAACCCCUGACAAACGUGUUCAGAUUUCUUACAACAGUUGAAAAGGAUAAAGACAUAAAGGAGCAUUUGGAAUUUGCGAAGCAUUUAGUUCCCAAAAAAAAGGUCCACUUUCAAAAGCAAGAUGUUUCUUCUAUUACUGAAAAACUCAAAGCGGAAAAUAAGUUAUUUUCUCAUGACAAUAGGCUAAAGGUUGUGAACUGCUUUAGAGCUAUUCCUCAUGAUGAGGAACAGGGCGAGUCUGACCAGAGAAAGGCUUAUACUAUAGUUGACAUAGAAAGUAUUCCUUUCAAAUGUGAGGAAUCCAAGGACUCAAGUAGUUCGAAUGCUUCAUCAUCAACUACAGAACAGUACCUUUACGACCUUUACUACACAACCGCUCCUGGCGAUUUUAACGAUUUACAAUUAGAGCAUACUUUAAGUGCUCAUGAAGUUGAUGAAAAAUUGCUAUUUGGUGAUUAUAUUGCGGAUAAAGAAGAAGAGGAUAAUAAUCAAAUGGAUGAUGAAGAUGAUUCCAAUGAUGAAAAUAAUUGGAGAAAUGAAUACCCUGAAGAUGAAAACUCAAGCAUUGAUGAAGAUGAUAUGCUAUGCGCUGUUAAGAAAAUAAAACACCUAAAUUUGAAUGGUGAAUAUUCAAGUGAUUUGUCGACUGAUGACUUUGAUGAUGAUUUAAUUUAUGGUGUGGAAGACUAUGGUAAUUACUAUUAUGAUUCAUCAGGAGAAGAUUGAUUCCACACCUGCUUCAA